AUGGAUUCGAUCGAAUCGUUGAAGCUUCAAACUGCCAUGAGGAAUCGCAAGCUCAAGAAUCACCACCAUCUUCUAUAUAGUUUCAUCCCCUACCUUUUGACUGCACUGACGUGCAGUCUAUUCUGUUCCUAUCCCUUUUGGUUGCCCUCCGUCGAGCAUUUCCUGUACAUCACCCUCCCACAUGUCGGGACGUCAUUGCUCAGUCCAAAGUAUCUGUUCUUAGUUGUGAACGCCAUCGUCGCCUUCCUCCUUGGACAGUCGAAGCUCGGAGGCCUGCACUCAUCCGCUGCAUCACGCAACAAGAUCUACGAAGAGUAUGUCGAGAGGAGCCGAACCAGGAAUAUGCCCUCCGCUUGCCCGGGAAGCAAGAGUUCGAGGGAAUCAGAGGAUGAGAGAUUGACUGGAGAUGAGGUGAGAGAAGAAGAAGAAGAAGAGAGGGAAAAGGAGUCGGGUGAUGAUAAUGAUGACAAACAAGAGAUUGAACAAGAACAACAAGAAGAUGAUGAUGAAGAAAAAGAAGAGACCGAAAAGGAGUCGGGUGAUGAUAAUGAUGACAAACAAGAGGCCGAACAAAAACAACAAGAAGAUGAUGGUGAGGAAGAAAAAGAUGAGAGAAAUGCGCAAGAGGAGGAUGGGAUUCCUGCUGAGGAAUUGCAGAAGAAAAUUGAAGAAUUCAUUGCCAGGGUUAACAGACAAAGGUGGCUUGAAGCUCGAUCUCUAAUGUGCGCGCGUUAG